GAGCACACACUGACAAAAGGUUUCCGUCAGAAUUCCCAUCUGGUGUUACACCAGAAGAUUCACACAGGCGAGAAACCAUACUAGUGUCCAGAUUGUGAGAAAAGUUUCAUUCGGAAUACUGACCUGGUGAAACACCAGAGGACUCACAUGGGAGAGAAACCAUAUGAGUGCCUUAUUUGUGGGAAAAGUUUCCGUCAGAAUUCUCACCUGCUAAUGCACCAGAAGAUUCACACAGGAGAUAAACCAUAUAAGUGUCUGGAGUGUGGGAAAGGUUUCAGUCAGAAUUCAUCCCUGGUGAAU